UCAUAAAAAAAUUAAGCAAAAAAAAUAAACGAAGAAAAAAAAACGGAAAACGAUUUAAAAUCAAACGAAUCCCAAAGAAAGUGAAAUUAUUUUAAAGCCAUAAAAUAAAAAUUAUUAAAAAAAAGAAAUAUGAAAUAAUUUAUCUAAAAAAAUAACUUAGUUUUAAUAACCAAACCAGUGCUUACUUAAUAAAUAGUGUUUAAAUUAUAAAAAUGAAUACCAUACAAGAAGAAUCAGAACAACGUGUUCCACUCAUGCUGAAUUCUCUUAGAGAGAUCAAAGAAAAUUCCAAUAUUCCUUAUGCUGACGAAAAUUCUCAAGACGAUUGCCCACCAAGUCGCAAAGUCUCUUUAAGUAGUCGACGUAACAUUGAAUUAUCUUUAUUAAUAGAAAACGAUCAGCCAGCUGUUACAGACUCGGGUAAUAAUUCUCCGAAAACUGCCUCCGAUGAAUCGACUGCUGUAGAAACCCCACCGCUGCCUUUGCCGCGUGGCUUACGUCGCAAUUCGAUUUCCAUGCCUUCGGGUAUAAAUGCAAUUGAGGAUUUGGAAGCUCUGCGCCUGAAACAUCAAAUGCAGGAACAAGAACCCAUGGAGGAAGAGGAGAAAAGUAAUAAUAGUCGUACGGAUAGUGUUAUUGAUGAUAUUUCCGGCUCGGUUACAUUUAGUGUACCGGAGAAAAAUGUCACAACCAUUCAGUGCGAGAAAUCCGAAGAGGAAAGUGAUGAUGAAUUGGAAAUUCAUGGUAAAAGAAGAGAUCGUUUUCGUACACGUCGAAGAGCCUCAAUAGCCCCUCUGCCGGCCCUGCGUUUAAAUGACAAAGAAAUGUUGGCAAGUGAUUUUGAUGCGUACAGUGUGGCCAGCAAUCAAGCCUCUAUAACGAGUGUUAAUUCUUUGGCCAGUUUGUUAAGAGAAAAAAUGCAAGCAUUCCCCAAUAUGAUACGCAAAAAGAAACGUGAAACUAAAGAUUAUAAAAUUAAAAUCUUUGUGAUUUUAAUGUUUUUUAUGGUGAUAUUUUUGAUCGGCUUUGCCUAUGUGGGUUAUCAGCGCAAAAUCUUAACAUUCUCCUAUUUCGAUAAAAUAAAAUUCAAUUCCAAAGAUCGUAUUCUAAGAAUUCUCAAUCAUGACGAAGAAGAAGUCAUUUCCGGGCAAUUGGGUAAAAUGAUGAAUAUGGAUACUCAGCCCUUUCAUUGUCUCGAAGAUAAUCUCAAACAGGAUGGCAGUGUGUGCUUGGAAUGGCAUGGUAUUGCCCGGCUCUAUAUGAAUUUCCAAGAUAUGGAUGUAUUUCGUUGUUACACCUUAAAUUGGCAGUCAUUGCGUGAAGCCUAUUAUCCCACCGAUUGUUUUGAGUUGAAGCGUAAUAAUGGUCUUUGGUUUGGUGGCGGGAUAACGCGCAACAUGAAUUGGUCUUUGAGUGAAAGUGAUUUUGAUUUUGCUCCCUUCUCCAGUGGUGAUAUGAAAGUGCAUCAGUUUGGCAAUGGUAUUAAGAGAUAUUUCAUAAACUCCAUUGGUGUGGCCAUACAAGUGAGUGAUAAAACUCCGCUUCAUAUAGCAGUGAAUGCAACGACAAAUGAAUUUUGUUUAAGAGCCAGAAAUGAUGAUUAUACGUUUGUUAACAAAUUAACACCAAUGCCGGAGUUGAAUUAUAAAAUUUGUACCACCGAGGAUAUGAAAUCUUUGCACAUGUUAAUGACCCAACAAAGUUUGUGGGAUGGCUUGAAAGAAGCCGACAUGAAAAUAUUACAUUCCCUGAUAGAGGAACCAGUUUGGCAAAUUCCCCAUCAGCCGGGAGCUAGUGCUUUCAAUGAAACCUCUAUAUACAAUUAUUCGGAAGAUGUUAUAGCCAUGGGAUUUAUGCGUUUGGGUCAUAUAUUGGUCAAUGAAUUCUGGCAGGAGUAUAUAGGUGAUUUUACCGUGGAUGCCAGUAGAUUUCCCACUUUGAAAGACACCAUUGAUGUGUUGCAUCGCAGAGGUUUUAAAAUUGUCUUCACCAUACAACCUUUCAUCAGUACGGACAGUGAUAAUUUCAAAGAGGCUGUACGCAAGAAGUUAUUGAUCUAUGAAAGACAUUCGGAGAGAAGUAUACCCGCCCUAACACGCUACAAAAGUUGUUCCAGUGCGGGGGUAUUGGAUAUAACCAAUAAUGCUACUGCCGUGUGGCUUAAGGAAAAGUUACAGAAAUUGAAACAAGAAUAUAAGGUUGAUAGUUUCUAUUUGGAUUUAGGCACCGGCUUUAAUUUGCCCCAUUAUUAUCAAUGUCGCCAAACUUUGGACAAUCCCGAUAUGUAUGCUCGAAUAUUUACCGAAAGUUUAGAAUCAAUAGGCUUCAUAGGAGUCUCUACGGCCAGUAUAGUACCCAAACCGCCAGCUUUUCUUAGUACGCCACCCAUUAACUCUUCCUGGGCGGGAUUAAAUGAAGUUAUGUCCACGGUUUUGAGUUAUGGAGUCAUAGGUUAUCCCUUUGUAUUACCAGGAGCCAUAGGUGGUGAUUAUGGCUUAAAUAGAACCAUGACAAAAAUGCUGUCUUAUUAUUCUUUGGGCCAACCUGCUUUACCCGAGCAGGAUCUCUACAUACGUUGGCUACAGCUUAUGACCUUUAUGCCUUCCCUGCAAUUCAAUCAUUUGCCCUCCGAAUACAAAAGUGAUUAUAUAACGGAAAUUGCCAAAGAAUUGACCACCAUACGACAAAAAUAUGUUAUACCAUUAUUAUUGAAAUAUCUCAGUGAGUCCAUGAAUGAGGGUUUACCCUUGGUUCGACCUUUGUGGAUGUUGGAUCCUCACGAUCCGGCCUGUUUAAGUAUAUAUGAUGAAUUCUCGGUGGGUGAGGAAAUGAUAGUGGCUCCAAUACUGGAGAAAGAUAGUGAAGAAAGAGAGGUAUAUCUUCCUCAGGGUGUUUGGAAGGAUGGCAUUGAUGGUUCUUUGCGCAAAGGCAGCCGUUGGAUUCAUAACUAUAAAGUGGCCAAAGAGAAAAUCGCAUAUUUUAUAAAAAUGCCCGAUAAUACUAGAUUUUAGAAAUUGUGAUACACAAAAUUUAUUUAAUAUUAUCUUUAAGAAUAUAUGUAUUAUUAUUAUUUUUAACAAGAUUUAUUAUUAAAACUGUAUUUAUAAAAUAUGUAAGCUGUUUAAUAAGUAGUUAAAUAUUAUUUGUAAAAUAAGCCAAACUAUAGUUGAAUAAAUUAAAUAUAGAAGUAAAUAAAUUUA